AUGGAGGGACAAUUCAAACUACUUUUCGACCAAAUGAAAAUAGAGAUGGAAAAGCAAACAAAUAUUAUAUUCGAAAAAAUGGACAAAGGACUAGAACCACUAAUAAAUGAAAACAAAAUUUUGAAAAAUAAAAUAGAAAUAUUAGAAAAGAAAAUUGUAUUUCGAAAAGGAAAAAAAGAGGAACAACGUCCUGUAUUUUGGUUUGGAUAA